CGCUCACACAAACAUCAAACAUCAAUCCUAAAAAAAUUCCAAAUAAAAUUUAGCAGUUGACUUGACAAGUGCUUGUUUUUAAAGAAAUUCUAUGAUUGUCCUCAAUAAUUAGUGAAAUCAUUAAUUUUGAGUGUGAUAUACAUUAGUAAAGUUCUAAAUGCAUUGAAAAGUGUUUUAAAAGAACAAAUACGUCCAUUUUGUUGAGGUACUUUUGUGUUGUUUUCUUUGCUUGUUAUUGACGUAGAAAGUAAAAUGUCAGGAUUUAUUUCAGUCAACAAAUUUUUUUAGACAGCCAAAAUGGGUGGCGUUGUUAGUUCUGGUCAGAAUAAUGAUGACCUUAUAGACAAUUUACUCCAAGCAGAUUAUAUAAAGACGCCAAUAAUCGAAAGAGUUUUCCGUGCUGUUGAUAGAGCAGAAUAUUUCCUCCCUGAAGGCAAAUCACACGCUUACAAAGAUUUAGCAUGGAAGUGCGGCAAUCUUCACUUAUCAGCCCCAUGUAUCUACAGCGAAGUAAUGGAAGGCCUCAAGUUGGAAAAAGGUUUGUCAUUUUUAAAUCUUGGAUCAGGAACAGGCUACUUAAGUACAAUGGUAGGCCUUAUCCUUGGUACUCACGGAGUCAACCAUGGCAUAGAAUACCGUCGUGAUGUGAUAUGGUAUGCCAACAAAAAACUCGAAGACUUCAAAAGACAUUCAGGGGCUAUAGAUGAAUUUGAUUUUUGUGAACCCAAGUUUGUACAAGGGAAUUGUUUGUGCCUUACCAGUGACUGGAAUGCUCAAUAUGAUAGAGUUUAUUGUGGAGCAGCUUGCCCGGAACAGUUUGAAAGUUAUAUGAAGAAUUUACUCAAAGUUGGUGGCAUACUUGUCAUGCCUUUGAAUGAUCAACUGAUGCAGAUUAAACGCACUUCUAGUACAAAUUGGGAAACUACCUCUCUUCUGCCAGUUUCUUUUGCAUCACUUCUCCAAGCUGUUAAUGAACAAGAAGUUCAAAUGAUUGAAGUGGAGCCCCUUUCUCUGCAAGUUUUGUGCCGUUCAGUUAUCCGUAACAUUUUGAGGAAGAAUGUCGAAAGGGAAAAUCCUCCCAUUAAGAGACAACUUACUGCUAAUAAAGCCCCAAAGAAAAAGAGAGCCCUAAGGAGAUUGGUUGUCCCUUUCUUUGAGUCUGAAGACAGUUCAGACGAGGAGAGGCAUAAUAUCAGACCUUUAUGUGGGGCCAGAGUUUUAGAACGGGGACGAGCUGCGUUUGCAGACGAAGAAGAUGGUUUCCUAAAUUUCGUUUUGGGAGCAUUUAAUGAUAGAAAUUUCGUAGAGAAUAACAGCAGCAGUAGAGAAAACAAUACGGAAACGGAACAAUCUAGCGAAGACAAUAGAAUGGAAACUGAUACUACAGAAUCCACAGAUGAGAAUAAGAAGUCUACAAUAAAUCCUGUGAUUCGUACACAAGCAGUAAUUGAGCAAAACCCUACCACAAAUACUAGUAAGAAUGAGGUCGACGAAGGACCGAGUAACACGAAUACCGAGACGAAAUCAUCUUCACCUGAAAAACCUUCCACCAUGGCCCAGACCCUGAACGAAUCAGUGGAAGUACACAGAGAACCUACCGUUGAAAUAGCAGUUCUGGACUUCAUCAACGUUCUAAGCCGGGGAGCAGAUAGUGAGGAAGUUGAGGAAGAAAAUGGUGAACCGCAAGGUGAAAGUUCUCAGCCAACUGCUGAACAAUUAAAUGAAAGCGGUCCGAGUCAGGAAAGAGUUCUAGAUGAUGUUAAAAAGAAUAAAAAAAGGGAGAAAGUUGAUAGUGGCUUGGGGGAUGAGAUAGUCGAAACUCACAGUGUUUCAUCAGAUGACGAAAGCGUUGAUGAUAUUCAUUCAAGUAGCGACGACGACGAAGAUGGCGCUCACAAAGAAAAACGCAACAAACGUACCCAAAAGUCCGAAAACAAAAAUUUGUCGUCGUUAAAAUGGCGCCGUAUCGAAACCAAUAUAAACACAAUUGUGACUAAUAGCAGCAGCGAUAACGAAACCGAGGAACCUAAAGACAACGAGAUGAAGAUGUAUGACAGCCCCUACACGGAACACAUAAAGGCCAAAAUUCAACAGUUGCCAUUACCGACUUGUCUAAAAAGAUACCUCAAUUAUUAUAGAGAAUGUUAGUUAGUCUGUUUGUUACUUAUCAUUUCUUUAUGUCUUAAUGGGUCAAGGGCCAAAUUUAAUUAAUGUAUCAUCUUAAUAUCCACCUUAUUCCACGAAACGAAUGUCCACAAGGAAAAGAAUUUCGUGUAGUGGGCUUUAUACCAUAUAUCACAAAAAGUUAUUAAAAAUCAACGUGGGAUGAAGUAAACACUUCUGUUGUAUGUAGGCAUAUGAAUUUAUUAAAAAUCCUUAAAAUUUAUCCACAAGGGAGUGGAAGUACAAAACGUUUUCGGGCAAACUGACCAUCAUCAGUGUAAACCUGGAAAUAAGUGAACCACUAAGAUUAAAAAGCAAAAGGGUGAAAUUUUGACAGUUGAAAAAAUUUAAGAAAAUGUGGUUACUUACGUUCAGUGUACAAGUAAUUGUAACUAGCCACUUCAAUAGGUAUAAAAACCUCUAAAUUCCAUUCUAUAUUAAAAAGUGGUCGACAUGAAGUCGAUGUCUUAAGAUUUUACAGUCUGGACGUAAGUAACCACAUUUUCUUAAAUUUUUUCAACUGUCAAGAUUUCACCCUUUUGCUUUUUAAUCUUAGUAGUUCACUUAUUUCCAGGUUUACACUGAUGAUGGUCAGUUUGACCGAAAACGUUUUGUACUUCCACUCCCUUGUGGAUAAAUUUUAAGGAUUUUUAAUAAAUUCAUAUGCCUACAUACAACAGAAGUGUUUACUUCAUUCCACGUUGUUAUAUUGAAAGUAUACAACCAACUACAGGGUUUACCCCUUUUUAAAGUUUUUAUUAAAAAUCCUUUGUAAAAGAUAUAUUUAUAUUAAAGAAGACCCUUUCGGGCUACAUCACAGAACGUUUUCGGAACAGCAAUUCCAUCAUCCGUGCUGCUUACGAGGUAUGAGCCAUUUUAUCACAUUGUUGUAUUUAAUAUGUGAUUUUUGAACUUUUCCUUGAUUUUAUAUCACAGAAACGCAGAACUCUCAACUAUGCGGGUUGCUAGCCCUGCGGGUGAACCUCACUAAUUGGAUUCAGUUGCUAUCUAGAGUCUAGAGUAUAUACCUUUAUAAUAAUUUUACACAAUUUUAAGGGUUUUUUUUAAGGGUGAUUGGAUUGUCUGUUAAGUUGGUAGAUUGCCAUGAUACGUUGCAGGGUUGGUAUGUCGAGUUGAAACACUGACUCUAACUUAUAACUUUAUUUAUGAUUUACAACAUCUAUCAACAUAAGGUUACUGAUAUGUUGUUUCGCGGGGUAGUCCUUCAGGACACCCUUCUCGCAUUACUGCUAACUAGCAUAGUAACGAUCUUAAUCUUAAUAUGAAUAAUAACAAUACUAUAAUGCCAAUAAUCCACCCUAACGAUCUUAAUCUUAAUAUGAAUAAUAACAAUACUAUAAUGCCACCCUCUGUGGGCUAUUUAUAUCUUCUUAUAAUUUGGACUUUGAAAAGUAAACGAUACUUGAGUCUCUGCGAGGUUACACAAAACAAACUCCGUUAAUCAACCUUCGUUUUGUUUGCGCAUGUAGAAACAACAUUUUUAUAACAACCUAUUUACUUAAGUUAUAUACAUUUUGUAGAUACAUUUAUAUAUUAUACAGUAAGGGUUUUUUCCCUUUUAUAUUAUUUAUAUAUUAUAUAUGUCAUUUUUCAAUAUAGAAAUGAUCUUUUUCAAUAUAAAUAAUUAUAGUAUAUUAUACUCUUUAUUUAUUAUUUAUUGACGGACCGAAGUCCAUUAGUACAUAAUACAAUUAAAAUGUCACACAAACUAGAACAACAAUUCAAAAUAAGAUCUAGUACAAAAUUGGUAAAUACACAAUAAACAAUAAUAAAUAUAUAAAGGAUUUUUAAUAAAUUUUUUAAACGAAUGUCUAGUUUGUUUAAAAACUGCAAAAUCUACAAUAUAUUAUUUCCGAUUAAAAGGUAAAAACUGCACCGAUGAGGAGCCACAAAACAUUCCUUUGUGAAACAACAACUUAUGCGCCACUGCUACAACAACAAAUAACGCUACUUACGUUACUUACUCACUUGCCUUACAACCCUGCGUGGGUUUGCCGACUUACAGCAUACCUUCUUUUCUUUCUGUCUUGUGCAAUUUACAUCCAAUUCUCCACACCCAUAGCUUUAAGGUCCCCUGCUAAAUUGUCUCGCCACCGGAUUCGAGGUCGUCUUCCAGUUAGGACUUUGCCCAUACCACUCUUACUAUCCUUUUGUUAGAAUGUCUUCUGAGGUGUCCUGCCCACUGGAGUCUGCUGGUCUUUAUUUUUUGAGCUCUAUAUGCUUAACACCAUACCCGCUAGAGACCUUCCAGUAGUUGUAAUCCCCCCUUAGGGCCAUCCAGGGCCUGAUCAUGAGCGUCACAAAAAAAUAAUAAAAACCGCGACUUUGACCCCUUAUAUCUACCCUCGUCCCCCACUCUGGUUUCCGGCUGUUGGGGAAAGUCAUGUACACAACUAAUUCAACGUAUCCCCGUAUAGUUUUUCCAUAUUACUUAUCACGCACAAAAUCCACUUCUAUCUCUCCGACUAUCACUCCCACUGUAAUAAAUAAUCCGUUAAAAUGAAAAUAAACUCUAUGUAAUAGUUAGAAUGUUUGCAAUGAAAGUGUUAGGCAAACCACAUUACACGUUCGAAACUUUGAGAAAACGAUAAGCCCUCUUGUGUUUACACCUGGGUUUGGAAAAGCAAUUUUAUGUUGAUUUCAAGUUAUCGAUUUUAUUUAAAUAGAUGGUAGUUGUUGGAGUAUGUGUAAGUUCAAGAAAAGAUCACAGUGGGGGUGACGGAAGUGUAAAAAUGUCUCAGUAAUCUAGAAGGGAUGUAUAAAACAAGCUCAGACUUAGGCGACUAAUUCCCAAAGACCCCGCAGGCUACCCUGAUUUCUAAGGGUUCGGCAAAAGAAACCGUCAUAUUAUGAUUUAACCAGAUGGGAGAGGGUGAAAUGUAAGAAGUUUAUGAAAUUAAUAGUUUGUCUUCCAGAGACAGUGCAUGGCUUUCUAUAUUCAGUAACGUUAUGGGUGGAUUCCUCUUAUGCAAUCCAGUAACUUCUUUUAUUGUUCAAUGUGUUUUAAAUAUGUCAUGUUUUCGUUGAAUUUCUUCUAGUUCCUGACAUAUCUCUUUCGCUUGACUGAUUUUGCGAUGCAAUGUAGGAAUUGAUAUUAUUUUUCAAUUCCUAUAGUUUUAGCGAUCACACUUGUACUUGUGACAGUGCAAAGUUGUGAUUUUUCCAACUUUCAAAUUGCUCUAAUGUCACACUUAUCAUGUCUUUAACGAAGUGGUGGUGGUUAUUGCAACUUGCCAAUGCUGUCCAUGCAAUUUGUAUUCUUCAUUUGAUUUCAUCGGAUUGUGUUGGCUCCUUACAGGGCUAUUUUUUGACCAACAAUGUGAUUGUAUUAGAAAAAUGUAUGGUAAAUAGUGAAGCUGUCAAAAACAGACAAGAUAUUUAGGGACAGUGGCAAAAUUUUAAGACAUUUUAAAAAGAGUAAAUUAUUUUUCUUAUAAUUAAUUAAAUGAUUUAAAACGAUAAGAGAUAUUAAGAUGAUAACAUAUUUUUCAACGUUUAAUAGUUUAAGUGAUCUCAAUAUUUUUGAAAUUUAUCUCUCUUAUCUACUGUUCUCAUUCCUUGUGAUUUAUUGCGAAAAUUACAAUCCGAAAAUUCAAGUUAAAGCCUGCAUUUGCUGAUAAAUAGAAUAUUUUAUCUAAUUAAACUAGAAGUCUUAUUAAAAAACCGGUUAUAGCCUGAUUGACCCAUAUAUUCUUAAAAAUUACUUAGAUUAUAGUGAAUAGCUGUGUGAUUUAGAUUAGUAUAAAAAAUAUAGUUCACCGACUGUAGCCUGGCAGGUGAGAGAAACGGCAAGUUUAUAAGUAUAUACUGUAUGCGCAGCUUGAGGUACUGACACUCUAGGCAAUGCUACAGUCGAUGAACUGUAUAUUCAGAAUGGACUAAAAGUUGGUACUUUUGAAUUAGUAUUUGAAUUGUUUAUUUGUCAGGACAAAAUAUUGAGUAUAAAGAUUGUAAAUUUGUUGUGAAACAUUUACUAACAAGAUAUAUCAACGAAGAUAUUGCUACAGCAAUCAAAUUAAAUAGAUGAAGAUACACCAAAUUAAACAGAAAUAUAGUCUUAGCAAAUUAGCUGCAUUUUGAUACAAAGAAUGUUAUCUAAAGUUUUAUUAUGUAAAGUGGUAGGUGAGGAUAUAUGAUUUGGAGGGGGUUUUAAGAGGACGAUUUUUUUUUAAUUUCCGGCGAAAUUUGACUUCUGUCAAAAAAUUUCAAAUGCGAAAGUUGUGACAUGUUGUAGACAAUAUAAAAGUCUACAACUUUUAUUAUCACACUUUUAACAUAACCUCAAAAUUACCGAGAAAAAUAAAGAAAAUCGUCUUUUUCCGAUGUUAAUUUUGUUUCCAACAUUUUUAUUUUUCAUUUUAUGAUAAAAAGCAAUAGGAAUAAAGGUGUAGACAACUUAAUUUGCUACAAAUAAUUUCACACAUUUUCUCCAGGGUUGCUAGUUUACGACAUACCGCGCAAAUACCCCCUGCAAUCCUUUUUCUACGUUGGCAACCAGGGUGGUGACCUCACACACUUGAACUUAAGCUUAUACUAACCUCCCGUACAUAUAAUUAAUAUUUUCAGAAUCAUUUCAUAACUUUUAUAGUCUUAAGAUUCCACUGCAGAAUCGCUACGUUCAUAAGUUACUUAACUAAGGUCACAUUUUUGUAAUAAUUUAAGAAAAUAAUACAUUGAUAACAUAUUGAAAGUCAAAAGUGGCCGUAAAAAUUUUUAAUUAAAUUAAUAUUAAUUCAUUUUUGAAAACAAAAUUCGUUCAUGAUGUAGAUGGUUUUUUUUAUUUAUAUCAUAUUUUUUGUCGAAUACCGAGAUAUAAAGUUGCCUGUGAAAAAAUAGCUGAAUUUGAAACUGAAAACUUGGGUUUAAAAUUGGUGAUAGACUUAAUUGUAAUAUAACCAAACUCUGAUAAUAGUGAAAUUGGAGUGUCGCAGAAACUUUGCUGGAGCGACGAACUUUUGUACUGAACAUCAUUUUAAUAGUGACACUGAAGAGUUUUAGUCCAUUCUGUUAUUAAAUAUAGAUGUAAAGAUUCAAUAUUAAGAGUUUUAUACCUACUAUUGCGAAAGAAAAAAAAUUUAACCCGCAGUAGAUUGCGUCCCUUUUAAUUUAGCCAUGUAAAUUUAUUAAAUAAAAAUUCCUAAAGUUGAGAAUUAUUUACACAAAUCUUACCUGCUUACCUAAGUAUUCUUUCAGACUGGGCCACCGUGCAGUAAAGUAUUGUUUUAAAUCUAAUAAAUUAAAGACGAUCCACUUUUGAGUGUCUGGCUGAUUUUAUUGGCUCGUGCUUUGCUGCAAUUAAAAAUGGUGGCGGACACCGGUGUCUUGGUCGGAAAGGGUACUUAGUGUUUCACUCAGGAUCUUCUUACUACAGCUCUUGGGCUUCUUUGUCAUUUUGCUUAGUUUUCGAGAUAUUAAACCAUGUCCAAUGAUUCUUCUAACGUACUAAUGUCGUAAAUUGAUUUAGGGGAGAGUCGGCUAUUGGUGCGCACCUAAGGCAAAUUCAGGAUAUUUCACAAACUGAAAAGAUUUCAGUUUCAAAAAUUUUUGAAGAUAUACUUCAAAGGCUUAGGUAUAUUGGUAGGGAUUUAAUGAAUGGUUGAACAGUAGAAGAGUGAGAGAAGAAAUUUUCAAUUAGUGUAGUGCGCAAAAUUGCCCGACCUAUUUGGCUAAUGGUGCGCAUAUGUCGGAUAACUGUGCGCAAUAAUAGAACUUAAAAAUGACCUUCGAAAAUGUAGCUUAUUGAACAUAAAUAUUAAAAGAACAAACAAAUAUACGGAAAAAGAUAAGAAACCAAGUUACAGAAAUGUUAAAAAAAUCUAAGUAUUGCAGAAGUCACAAAUAUAUCCUUUUGGACUAUCCUGUCGUAUACACAUGGCCUGAGACCAUUGACAAUAUAUCGAACACUUGCACCAUACCUCGUCUUUUUUGCUACCGUCACCACAAUACACAGAAGUUAUUUUGAUCUGACACGAGAUCGUCCAAAUAAUCAUCAUGGUACAGUUCACUUUCUGAAAUAACUUCGGAGCUGUUGUGUUCAAAAAUUUUCCUUUUUGUACCUUUUUUCAAUUUCGUGGUUUUCUCAUUGCCCCUUUCUCUACUUUGACGGUUGUUUAUCGCUUGUUUACGUUUCAUGACGCAGUCACAAAACGUUAAAAAUGCCUUUAUAUACCUUGCCGGCUAAAGGUGCGCAAUGCGCACCAUUAGACGACGUUACACUUCACCACAUUACACAAAAUUUGAUAAAAACAAAACAUAAUCGAGCAAAACUAACUAUAUCAGUGUUUAAAGUGAUAAAUAAAUAAAAGAUGUAAGUACUAUUUAAGCUAUAUUUCUGUCAAGAAAAAAAUACCAAAGCACGCGAAAACAUGUAAACGAUAACUGCCCAAUGGUAAAGUAUCUCCCGACGUUCGUUUGUGUCGGAUAGAUAUGGCAGUUGCUACUAGAUGGCCCGACAAUAUAGUUUUUGCAAUUUUAUUAAAUAGGAGAUUAGAAACAUUGAUGCGCACAAUUACCCGACGCGCACCAUUAGCCGACUCUCCUCUACAUAUACUAACGAAAUAUUUUGUAUAAUCCUUAGUUACAGCUGUAGUAUCGUUGUUGGAAGAGACUAUUUGAUGAGGAUGAUUUGUAGUACUUCUUGGUGGGUUUUGAUAACUUAUAAUAUUUUAUGUUUUAAUUACUAUAGUGUUCCAGUAACAAUAAUUUUAUUUAAACUCAACAUUUUUACUUUUUGUCUAUCUACUACUACUAGACUAAAUGUUUCCAUAGUUUUCACUAAAUUUUUUCCUGCCAAUACGGUCUUAAGAAGAUAUUUUCCUCUAUUUCUCCUAUUGGAAUCCACUGCAAUUUUUUCUCUACAUGGUCGAUUAUAGCAGAGCUUCUUCUUAUAUUUAUAUUCUGUCUCUUCUUUCAUGACUAAAUAACUUCUGACUAGCAGUUUCUUAAAUUUUUUUAUUUAUCAGAUUUCAGCACAUCCAACCUUAUUUAUAACCAUUCGGUUUGUAUUCCUCCUGAUAUUUUGUUCAUUAGUGUUUUGAUUACCUCUUUAUGUUUUUUAUCUCGUUCCCUGUAUGGUUCUCGUGUUCGUCUAUCGUUUGUUUUAUAAAUUUAGAUUAAUUUUUCAGUUAGAAGUUGUUUGUAGUAUUGGAGCGACUUCAAUAUACGUCAUAACAAUGAAGUUCCGGUUCCUCCAAUUCUAUUUCUGCAGAUGUUUCCCAUACAGGUAUGUUUUUUUUUCACUUUUUGCUGGAUGUACUUAUUUUAUUUUACAGUUUUUAUUCCUGAUAUAUGUCUAUGCUUUGUGGUGUUUACAUAUUUAUUUUAUAUCAAAUUCUUUCUUUUUUUUUAUAUGCAUUUCAGUGUAAUUUCACUUUCCAUCCACAAUGGCGGAUCUAAAUAUUUGCCGUUGGGCUGAGAAGUAAGUUCCAAUGAAACACCAUAAGACAAACCUGAACUACAUAAAAGAACUUAUAUGCAUUAAAUUCCCUUAAUUAUCCUAACUAACGGGUUUAUUGGGUUUAAUUUAUCUGUUUAUGGUUUUUAUCAGCUAAUAUAUUUUUGUUUCAUUUUUUUUUCUUUGGACCUUGUUGGGGUCCAAUCCCAUCCAUCCGGUCCAUGUCUAUCCCCCGUAGAUCCGGGGGCCAUUGGCUUGGUAUAUCUUAAGUCGCGUUUACACAAUGGCAAUUGGCGAGACAAUUGUCAUCACGUGGUUGCGGAUUGUCGGAGGCCAGUCCAGGUGAAAGAGAAGAUGUUUACACGGGGCCAUGCUUAGACAAGGAAAGAGAGAGGACGAGUAAUCCUAUGACCAAAAGUGAAGCCAAACUGACACCAGAGAUUUUGGUCAUCGACGUAUCUUUGGGGUAUUGUUAUGCAUUGAGUAUUUAAAAUAAAAACAUGAAAUGUAUUUAAAAUGAAGAAUUUGUGUAUGGUAAAUGUUUUAUUAAGUUUCUCAUAUUACGUACAUAUGUUUCAAUACAUACAUAUGUUUUUAUUACGAAUUUUAGAUGAUGAUUUACUUUAUUUUUUAUGAAAUUUUAACCUUCAACGAACACCCACCACUGGCAACUCAUUGUUAUUUUUGACGUGACCGCCAUGUUUCUGGUGACAAACAAACCAAAAACUGGCUUCACUUUUGGAACGUGUGUGUUAAAUGAGUGUUACCCGUCCUCUCUUUUUUCCUUGUCUAAGGGGCCAUGAUGUUUAGUUGGCCCCGUGUAAACAUCUUCUCUUUCAACUGGACUGGCCACCGACAAUCCACAACCACGUGAUGACAAUUGUCUCGCCAAUUGCCAUCGUGUAAACGCGACUUUAAUGCUUUUUCCAAGACCUUCUAGGUCAGCGCCCCUCAUGUAGGUAUUGAUGUGGUAAUUCUGCUAAUGUUCAAUCAUGCGAUAAAUGCAUUAUGGGAUACUGAGGAUAAUGGUAAAUGUGAUAUAUAACAGAUAUCAGGAAGAACAAGUGGUCACCUUAUAUUUUAGGGUGAAUCUAUUUCAACAUUAGGAAAAGUGUUAUGUGUUACCACAACCUUAUGAAUGAUACACUGAGGAGGAUAUAUUUUACUAAUUUCAACUUAGUGUAAAUUUAAUAUAACAGAUAUUAGAAAAAACAGGUGAUCAUCUUAUAUUUUAGGGUACUUUUAUUUCAACAUUAGGAAUUUCCUUACAGAUGGAUAUUUAUAUAAUAUAAUUUAAUUACAUGUUUGUUGAUUUGGAGUUCUAUGUAUAAAGUUAUUUAACGUUAUAAGUUGGGAAUAUAUAAUAAAUCAGUAUAAA